AUGCAUCAACACAGACAAGUCAUCCCUCACAGGGUGCGCGCGGACACGCCAGAUGGGGAGGUUCAGGUCGUCUGGAUCGACAAAUGGGAACACAAGCCUCCAACCGGCCUCCGCAUCGACAGCAAGAGUCGAGAGUUUCUCGCCAAGCUCUUCUACGGCAGCACUGUAUUCUACCUCCACGACCACGACAUGGCGCACUGGGAGUGCAAUAGGUGGCUUAAGUCGCUUGCUCCAAGCCAUCGCGCCAUGAUUACUACGAUUCAGUUUGCCCAGUUCCGGGCAUCCUACGUGCACGAAUUGGCCAAAGACGCCCAGCACGAGCUUUCGAUAAGCUUUGAAGGAUUGAGGGGCAUUAAGAAUGACAAACCGGCCGAUUAUUUUCCCUUCUGGGCCGAUCGACUGGUUCUUCUUGUGAGGGACAAGUUGACGAUUCCCCAUUCGUACCCCUGCCUCGACUGCACGUGGUUCCGAUGCGAUGGUACAUUUUACAGCAAGCUGGAAGUCUUCCGUUCAGAGUGA